UAAAGCUUCUACUUCCGGAAGUAGCCGACGACACUCAUGAGCGCCGAAACACCAAGGAAAAACCAAACCUGAAGCUGAAUUAAUUUUGUUGCUGCGACGGUUUGAACUGCGAGAGUGUGCACGCACGGCAUAGCUGUCAGAGAGAAGAAACAAGAGGUGGGUGUUUGUGCAGAGUCCACUGUGCUUGUUGGUGUUUUUCGGCUGUAAUACAGACUCCAGACACACAGCUGUGAGGCACCUGCUGUGUAAAGUCCCUUCCUGCUCGUGGGUGGCAGUGAGCUAACGUGAGGAGCUGAAAGAUGGACCAGAACAACAGUAUACCACCCUUCCAGGGGCUGGCCUCCCCUCAGGGUGCCAUGACUCCAGGCAUGCCAAUCUUCAGUCCUAUGAUGCCAUAUGGCUCAGGUCUGACACCCCAGCCUGUCCAGAACACGAACAGUUUGUCUAUACUGGAGGAACAGCAAAGGCAACAACAGCAGCAACAGGCACAGCAGGCAAACGCAGGCCUCCCUGGAACGUCAGGACAGACCCCUCAGCUCUACCAUUCCCAGACUGUUGCGGGCACGACCACCACAGCGCUGCCAGGGAACACCCCGCUCUACAACACCCCGCUGACCCCCAUGACCCCUAUCACACCGGCCACGCCAGCUUCAGAGAGCUCUGGAAUAGUACCACAGCUACAAAACAUCGUAUCUACUGUAAAUCUGGGCUGUAAAUUGGACUUGAAGACUAUCGCUCUGAGAGCCAGGAAUGCAGAGUACAACCCAAAGCGUUUUGCUGCGGUCAUCAUGAGAAUACGAGAACCCAGGACCACUGCUCUCAUCUUCAGCUCAGGGAAGAUGGUCUGCACCGGAGCCAAGAGUGAGGAGCAGUCGAGGUUAGCUGCAAGAAAAUAUGCUCGUGUGGUGCAGAAGCUCGGUUUCCCUGCUAAGUUCCUGGACUUCAAGAUUCAGAACAUGGUGGGAAGCUGUGAUGUGAAGUUCCCCAUUCGGCUAGAAGGAUUAGUCCUCACACAUCAGCAAUUCAGCAGCUAUGAACCAGAGCUGUUUCCAGGACUGAUUUACAGAAUGAUCAAACCCAGAAUCGUUCUGCUCAUCUUUGUUUCGGGGAAAGUUGUACUCACAGGCGCCAAGGUGAGAGCAGAGAUCUAUGAAGCAUUUGAAAACAUCUAUCCCAUUCUGAAAGGUUUCCGCAAGACAACGUAGAACCUGCCACUCUUUCUUUUACCUUUUAUCUCCCAGUCUUUUUAUCUUUUACCUCGACUCAGAUUUUUUUUUUUCACUCAAAGGAAGCGUCAUCUAUAUGUUGACUUCUACAAGUGGACUGCUGUAAGGGCUGUUGUACAGGGAUGUGAUUCUUCUUCUUCCUCUUCUUUUUUUAAUGUUCCUCCAGUGUUUUAGAAAAGCAGGAUUUAACUGUUUUGAUUUUUUGCUGUGGUUUGAACACAGUUGAUGGCAUACACACAGAGACCCCCAUUUAUUUCAAACCCUGUCUCAGUUUUUUGCUCAGUUAUUUUUCGGCUUUUUCUGUUGUCCACAUCACAUCCCUGACUGUACAUAAGACUGUAAAAAAAUGUAAAAAGUGCGGAUUAGAAGAGAAGCAGUCUGACUGUGACUGCUUUUUGUUUUUAUUUUAAGCCAUUUUAAAUGCGUUUUGUACGUUGCAUUUUUAUAAAUUGUCCGCUCAGUCCCCAAAUUGUAUCAAGUCAGAACCACAUUCCUGUUAACAGUAUUUGUUAAGAUUUUAGUUUGAGUGACUGUUUAUCCCAAAAGAAAUUGGCCUGCUGUAUCAGAGUUUCAUCUUCGUACGUUUGGCAUUCAAUCUGUCACAUCUCGGCUCAGUGUAGUUGUAAUUUGGUAAACGCUGGAGGUGAGUUUUCAUCUAGAUUUUAAACAUUUUGAGAUGAAAAGCAUAGUUCAGUCUGUUAAGCAGCAACUUAAUGUAGAUGCUCUUAAAUUUUAAAUUGAACCAAGUCCUGCUGCGAAAGUUGUCAUCGAGUUAAUAGUUAGUACUUUGAGACUUGUGUCAGUUGGUUUGGGACACAUUUGUUCCAAGACAUUAACAAAAAAGAAGCUGUUUGUCGUAAGCGGCCUCUUGAUUUACUUCUCUUAAAUUGACAUCUUGCAUCUUAAAAUCAUGAGCACUAAAAGAUGAUGGCAUAUAACCAAUGCAUUGUGAUCCCAUGUUUACGUAUUGUUUUAAAUUUUUUGGCCAUUCAAAGUUAUAUUUAAAAGUUUUCUACAAAAGAAUUAUUUUUGGUUGUAGGAAAAUAUGAAAAAAUAUCCAUAAUAUGUCCUCAGCCACACACUUGGCCAAAAAUUGGUUUAAAUUUUGGGCACUUGGUGAGCUAGUUCUGGUGAUCCUCUGUAAAUCUGCCACCUGACACCUGUUUGAGUGGCAGAAGAGAUUAGGGAUUGAUACUAAACUACAUACUGCCCUCUGUGAUUCUGAACAGAGGGCAGAGCAGGUGACCAGGAAGUUCUGUCACAUCUUGAUGCAAUUCUGCUUCUUCUGAAAUUGUUAAUGUGCUGCACUGUGCAUUAAUAAAUGUGUACAUACUGACCCUCUUGUUAAAG